CAAACAUGGCCGUGUCUGUUUGACUGAUUGCAUAGUUUUUAGAAGAACAAGGAAAAACUAAAGAAAUCGAGCCACUCAUAAGAACUCUGUCGUUCCGAAGAGAAGAAUAUUUCAAGUUAAAGUGUUUUAGAAAACGAGGCCGUUGCUAGUUGUCUAGUAACAAAGCGUCUAAGCUGUCAGUGACACGCAUUUUAGUCGGGCUGUUAGCUAAACCGAACAUUGUUGCGUUUGUCGGCGAUCUGGUAAGAUAGCUUGUUAUACAUGUUUUUUUAAGUAAUGAUCAUAUACCUAAUUAAACCUAGUCAUCAAGGUAGUUAGCUAGAUUGCAGGCUAAAAGCCCCGAAAUUGAAGGAAGCUAGCAAAUAGCAAGAUAGCUGGCUAAUAUUAACUAGCAAGCUACUUAGCACUAGCAAGAAGCGACACAAGACACAAAGUAAACUGAACAAUAAAUUUACACAUAGGAAGAGUCAAUGAAGUGACUUGCACUUCAGCCACAACUGGGAGUUCCUGGAUGUCCAACACCUCUGCAGCCCAUCCUGGCACAGAGUGAUGACCUCACAGCAGCAUCCUUCCCACCACGCCAACACCAACCCUCGCCUGCUCAUCACCCGAAAUCUAACGACCAGUCAGGCCAGGCAGCUCGCCCAGCCCGGCCAGUCAGACUCCACCCAUAGCGGAGGUUCCUCGGCUCCCACUGCCGCCACGGGCGGGACGGCGUCCUCCGCUUCCCCAGCCGGCUCCUGCGGCGGGGGUCCCCACAGGGGCGGGCAUGCAUCCUCCUCAUCCUUGUCACGCCGGCGGCCGCCGACGGGGCGCUUUGAGCCCUGGCCCGAGGAGGCGGCGGACGACUCCUACGGCCUCUAUUCCCUGCACCGCAUGUUCGACAUCGUGGGCGCCCAGCUGACCCACCGCGACGUGCGCGUCCUCUCCUUCCUGUUCGUGGAUGUCAUCGACGAGUACGAGCGGGGCGGCAUCCGGAGCGGGCGGGACUUCCUGCUGGCGCUGGAGCGGCAGGGCCGCUGUGACGAGACCAACUUCAGACAUGUGCUACAGCUACUCCGCAUCAUCACCCGCCACGACCUGCUGCCCUACGUCACGCUCAGGAAGCGGCAGGCGGUGUGCCCAGACCCGGUGGACAAAUACCUGGAGGAAACAUCUGUGCGUUAUGUGUCCCCGAGCUGCAGAGGAGAGAACCAGGGGACUACGCCACACAGGAGGAAUGGCUCCCAGCCAGUGAUCUGCUGCUCCCCGUCUGGCCCCCAGGUGUGCCCCGCCCGGGCUAAGCCCACCCCUUCCCUCCCCAGCCGUAAGAGGAAGAGGUCCCACGCUGCCACAGACUGCCGGGAGAAACAGACCUGUGACAUCCGCCUCCGAGUGCGCGCCGAGUACUGCCAGCACGAGUCGGCACUGCAGGGCAACGUCUUCUCCAACAAGCAGGAGGCGCUGGAGAGGCAGUUCGAGAGGUUCAACCAGGCCAACACCAUCCUCAAGUCGCGGGACCUGGGCUCCAUCAUCUGCGACAUCAAGUUCUCCGAGCUGACCUACCUGGACGCGUUCUGGCGGGACUACAUCAACGGUUCCCUGCUGGAGGCGCUGAAGGGCGUGUUCAUCACGGACUCGCUCAAGCAGGCCGUGGGCCACGAGGCCAUCAAACUCCUGGUCAACGUGGACGAGGAGGACUACCAGGCGGGCCGGCGCAAGCUGCUGCGCAACCUGGCAGCCGGAGGGGGCCGGGAGACGGCCGCGUAGGCGCAACGCCACCGGUCGCGGGGAAGAGGCGGCGCGCAUCUCGAAGAGGCAUUUCCCCCAGCGACGGGGAAGGGGAUUGAGGGGACAGAGGCUCGAGAAAGACUCCAUCUGUGGGAGGACUGAGCGCUGGACAAAGAGAUGUCCUUCAGAAUGUAUUGCAGGUUUUGUGGAAGAUGGACAGGAAUUUGGGGGGGGGGGGGGGGCUGAUGGGGAGGCUUCUGCUUUAUUUGGUUGAAUGUCCACAUGAACUGAGAGGGGGAACGGCGCACGGAAAGCAAGCCGCUGUCUAGGUUCGAGUCAGGAAAACAGAGGAUGCUGUUUUUUGUCGCAUACUGACUUUAGCAAGUUAGGGGCUGGGGUGUGAUAUUUUGAAAGGUGGGGGGCAAUGGUAUGAAAUUGGAGCAAAUUGGAAUUUUGUUUGUGAGCAUGUGCAGUGGCCUUCCAGGCUGGCACUGACGGAGAGAGCAGAAUGUGCAUGCGCGCGUGCAUGUGUGUGUGUGCGCGUGAGUGCGCACACAUGUGCCUGUUUGUUGUGUCAGAGAAGUAUUUAUGGAGUGUGUGGCUCAGAACAGUUUGGACACUCUUUGAUCCUUUUCGGGGGAAGAAAGAAAUAUGAGUGGAACUGCAAACACAGGUUUUUGAGUGCCUGGCUUUUUUAUGUUUGUUUCUUUGUUUAGCACAGAGAGGCGUAUUUCAGCAACGUUUUGUACAGACUCAAGAAUGAAGAUAACGGUGUUAGUGUUUAUUUGCACCUGAAAUGCCAGUGGAAGAUGUCCUUGUGCGCUGUUUCUAUCGCUAACACCUGUUCAUUGUGCUGUGUAUGUCAAGCUUCUCUCUGUUACAUAUGAUUGAAAACCUGCAUUCUCUCUCUUUGUACAAUAUGAACACAUCAAAAUUAUAUUAAUAUGACGCUGUGUUCGCUCAGUCAACGCAUGAAUGACCGGAAGUGUAGGAAUUGACACAAGAUUUCUCCUUCAAACUUCGUCAGUGUAUAUGUGGAGAGAAAUAUUUCACCUUAUUUCUUUUUUUAAUUUAUGUGUUUGUGUGACGAAUACUAUGUUAAUUGGAAGUUUGUGUGAGGUGCUUCCAAGACAAAAUUUAAAUGUCAGUCCAUGUCAAGAUAAAAAUCAGUUGGGAUGUGGCAAAAUGCAGUUACAAAACUGUACACAGCCUGUUUUUUCCUAAUGGAGUGAAAUAAGUUACAAUACUGGUAUCUAUUAUAUAGGUUGUAUAUGAUGAAUUUUAGUUUCUUUGAGCCUGUUUACAUACUUUAUUUGUUGUAUUAGUAUUCAGCUGUGGUCCUGGAGGGCAGACAUGUCUAGUUUCCAUUCCAACCAAAACCGUAAUUAUGCAGGUGAAUCCAUCAGGUUCUCGAAAGAGUAGACUUAUAUUCAGCCAUUUUCCAGUCUAUAAGUUAGAUACUAGUAGGCCCUGGGAGGAUAACUGAGGAACUCUGGUGGACAGAAUAUGGAGGACAGUUUUAAUACUCAGAACAUUUAAUAGGAUCUGUGACCAUUACAUAUGAAGUACUGAGGUAAGGACAGGGAACGGUGGCCGCUCCUCAGCUUUGGGCUGCUUCUAAAAGUGUAAAUAUGUUCAAAAGUUAUUGUUUUUUGAUAUUUUACUUCUUAGAAAAAAAAAUCUCCUUCCUUGCCAAAGCAAUCAAGAGUAUGGUGGAGACAUGAAGUUGAGGUUGGUUUUCAGAAGGCACACAUUGCCCACACGUAAACAGACGGAUGCAGAGCACUUUAUUUUUUAUGGAGUCCACAUAAAAAGUCUCUUAUUUGGUAAUGGUGCUAUUGGCUCUAUCCACUUCUCAGUUAAUAAAAACAAUAUGCCACCUUCAAGGAUUGCUGGCCUUACGGCUAUAAUCAUGUUUUUCAUUUUAAAGAUCCUUUCCGUUUUUGACCAAGAGAUUGUGUGCAGUGUGCGUAUUUUGUACCAGUGUAUUACAUGAUCGGUACA